UUUUUUCCUUCAGAAUCUAAUCAUUGGAAGAUGACAGAAAAUCUCUAUGAACGACUCAGGAGGACCCAGCGUAAAGGAAAGAGUCGAGAUAAUGAACUCAUGGAUCUACUCAACGAUCUUGUCAAAUAUGUUGAAUGGCAGAGAUAUGUCACCGGUCGUCGAAACCAUAAAUGGGAUGAAAACCUCCAACCAAUGAACCGAGACAGGAAUGGCUACACCGACCAUGAAAUGAUGCAAGACUUCAAGAAACUCCAGUUCGACGAUGACUGCUCUCCCGUGCAGCCCGCCCUGAUCGCCGAAGUGAAGUCGGCUCACGAAGAAUGCCAGAUCCGUCAAUUCGAAGUCGACGAGCUCGAGAUCUAUCUGCAACACAAACUGGGCGAGCUGGAGAAGGCACACGAACUCUUCCGUGUUCGCAUGUGCGAGAUCAAGCGGCUGACGGGCCGCGCUCAUGGGCGAUCGACCGUACGCACACGACCUGUGACCUUCCCCGCACAUGACAGUCCGCAGACGACCGAUAACAAAGAUAGCCCGCCAAGAACAAGUCAUCGAGCUUCCAAUGACUUCAGAAUUAGCUCCUUCGUUUGUGUGGACGAGCAGGAAAACAGAUCAAGGCAAAUGACGGCACCACCUAUUCCAAAAGACAUACUCGAACUUUCACAAGAGAAAUUCGGGAAGGGGCGCCCUUCUCGAUUGAAGAAACGAUGGAACAGUUUCAAGAAAAGCUUCCGACGCAACAACAAUUAAUUUCAAUUACAGUGAUGAAUCUAGCAAUGACUUUUCAUUAGUAGGAAAAUAAUCAAGGUCUUAAAACAGAGAUGUUAAACAUAUCAAUCCACUUCGCACUUCGAUAUUAAGAUAUGAUAUCCUAGACAUGUUAUGUAGUCGAAAUUCUGUUUUUACCAAUGACAGAAACCAUGUAGUAUGCUAAAUCAAUUAUCCACGCUUUAAUCUUCAAAAAAAUGAAAUGUAAAAAUGGCAUGCUCCGU